UGCCGUUACCUGCCUUAGCUGUUUGAAGUCCGUUUAUUCCACUGUUAUUCAUGAGCGUUUCGUAAAGCACCGCAUAAGAGUCAGAGAAAUGGAGAAUGUGCAUCUGGCUGUAGAGGAGGAGGAUCUUUAUUCGGGAUAUAACGACUAUAAUCCAACAUUCGACUCCGAGGAGCUGGAGAAUGAUGUAGGCUUCCAACAAGCAGUGAGGACAAGUCAUGGAAGAAGACCCCCAAUGACUGCCAAGUUUCCUGGCACUGCCAUUGGAGCUCGACCUUUAGCUUCUUCCUUUGGAUCUCGGGCCCCUUUGGCCUCUUCAAUGGGCAGACCCAUGACUGGAGCUGUGCAGGAUGGAGCAGCCCGACCCAUGACUGCAGUCAGAGCAGCAGGUUACACCUCCUCCAUGACCCGUGGAUCAACCUUUGACCCUCUGGGCCAGUCCAAAGGUCCUGCACCUCCACUCGAAGCAAAGAAUGAGGACACGCCUGAGGAGAAGAUCAAGAUCCUGGAGAAGAAAGUGAACGACCUGAUAGAAGAGAGCUGCAUGGCACACAGCAUGGGAACCCUACAACUGGCUCUUGAAAAAGCUAAAGAAGCAGGAAGGAAGGAGAGAAUGCUGGUGAGACAGAGGGAGCAGUCUGGCAACGCGGACCACAUCAGUUUAGACCUCACCUACUCUGUCCUGCUCAACCUCGCCAACCAGUAUGCAAACAAUGAAAUGUACCCGGAGGCCUUGAACAGCUACCAGGUCAUUGUGAAGAACAAGAUGUUCAGUAACGCAGGCCGACUUAAAGUCAACAUGGCCAACAUCUACUUCAAACAGAAGAAUUACCCCAAAGCCAUUAAAUUCUACAGAAUGGCGCUGGAUCAGAUCUCCAACGCUCACAAGGAAAUGAGGAUAAAGAUCAUGCAGAAUAUCGGCGUGGUCUUCGUACGCAUGGGCCAAUACUCGGACGCCAUCACGUCUUUUGAGCACAUCAUGAGCGAGAGCCCCAACAUCAAGACCGGCUUCAACCUCAUCCUGUGCUACUAUGCCAUCGGAGACAGGGAGAGGAUGAAGAAGGCCUUUCAGAAGCUCAUCUCUGUCCCUCUGGGCAUCGAUGAUGAUGACAAGUAUAUCCCAUCCAAUGAUGACACCAGCUCAAAUAUGGUCAUUGAAGCCAUUAAGAAUGACGCACUUCACCAGAUGGAGAGAGACCUAAAAGUCCUAGCCGAGAAGUACAUCAUGACUGCUGCCAAGCUCAUUGCCCCAGCCAUCGAGACUUCUUUCGCUACUGGAUUUGACUGGUGUGUUGACAUGGUGAAGAGCUCUCAGUACGUCGAGCUUGCCAAUGAUCUAGAGAUAAACAAAGCCAUCACCUACCUCAGACAGAAGGACUUCAAUCAGGCAGUGGAGACUCUGAAGACAUUUGAGAAGAAGGACAGCAGAGUGAAGAGCGCUGCUGCCACCAACCUCUCCUUCCUUUAUUUCUUGGAGAAGGACUUUGAACACGCUGACCGAUAUGCUGACCUGGCCAUGAACGCUGACCGCUACAACCCGGCAGCUCUUGUCAACAAAGGCAACACAGUGUUCGUCAAGCAGGACUACGAGAAGGCUGCAGAGUUCUAUAAAGAAGCGUUGAGGAAUGACUCCUCCUGCACUGAGGCCCUCUACAACCUGGGUCUAACAUAUAAGAAACUGAAUCGUCUUGAAGAAGGUCUGGACUGCUUCCUGAAGCUCCAUGCCAUUCUCAGGAACAGUGCCCAAGUCAUGUUCCAGCUGGCCCACCUCUACGAGCUACUGGAGGAUCCCCAGCAGGCAAUCGAAUGGUUGAUGCAAGUCAUCAGCGUGACUCCCACUGACCCCCAGGUACUGGCCAAACUGGCAGAGCUGUACGAUAGCGAGGGGGACAAGUCUCAGGCUUUCCAGCACUACUACGAGUCCUUCAGAUACUUCCCUUCUAACAUCGAUGUGAUUGAGUGGUUGGGGGCUUACUACAUCGAGACGCAGUUCUGUGAGAAGGCUAUUCUGUACUUUGAAAGAGCUACACUCAUACAACCAACUCAGGUGAAGUGGCAACUGAUGGUGGCGAGCUGUUACAGGAGAAGUGGAAACUACCAAAAAGCUCUGGAAACAUAUCAAGACAUCCACCGCAAAUUUCCAGAAAAUGUGGAAUGUCUGCGUUUCCUAGUGAGGCUGGGUACAGACAUGGGUUUGAAGGAAGUCCAAGAAUAUGCCACCAAGCUGAAGAAGGUGGAAAAGAUGAAAGAGCUCAAAGAGCAGAGGGUCAAGUCGGGGCGAGAGGGCAGUGCCAGAGGUCGGAGAGAAGGCAGAGAGGGCAGCGCUGGGAGUGCCGACAGUGGCCAAAGCAGCGGCAGCACUAAGGGAGAACGGCUGAGCGCCAAGGUGAGGUCACUUCCUGGUUCCAAUGAGCCUUACGAGGCCAGCAGCCCCAAAGAACUAGAUGCGUCUUAUGUGGACCCACUGGGGCCCCAGAUGGAGAGACCAAAGACAGGAGCCAAAAAACGAGUGGACGACGACGACUUUGCAGAUGAAGAGCUGGGAGACGACCUGCUGCCUGAGUAGCCACUCCGUCUCCGGCCUGCGCUGCUGAACAUUUGCUCUUUUGUCACCUUGUGAAAGGCAAGAGCGCAAAUCCAAAAACAAUCCAAAAUUCAGCUAUGGUUCCAGGAGAAAGACUCUA